GCUUUAUCACGCGUAUCUCUCUUAUCUGCAUUUAAUCUUGAAUACUUCAACCGUUUCUCCCAACAAUUUAGUCAUCGACGGACUUCGACGAUCUUAUUAAAAGCCAAGUCUGCACUGAUAGGCAAUUGUCCGCAAACACGUGUCGCAGCCGAUCAGUGGCAGACAAAAUUCAAGACCAGAAACAGUUCGCGUAUAAAAGCUACGUCCACACUGGCGGAUAAUUGUCGACAAGCAUACGUCAUCCGGGGAAAAGCCUCGAAUGACACGACGCGGUAUUUGCGUAUCGAAAGUGAAAAUAUUUUUUAUCAGAGAAAGUGAAAAAAAUUUUUUAUCGAGAAAGUUUUCUUAUUUAGUUAUGUGAUAUUGCGGAUAUAGUGACACACGUGUACAUAUACAGUUACCGACGUAUGUAUAUGCUAAUUCAAACUUCCAUGGAUAAAUAAGGAUACAGUACACAGCGAAACAAGUGAAGAGAUUCGCGAAUCGUGGUAACCGAGGGUGGUGAAGCCACCUCCAGAGAGGGCGAGGAACACGUUUGGGGCUACAUCGAUGAUUGAUUGUGAUCGCGCAAAUACGUAAUUUUUCAAGGUUAGGAAUAAGUUCGUGCAAAGGAUACGAACAGCCGAUCCUCGCAGACGAAGAAGAAUACGAACAAAUGAUCCCACGGUAAUUUCAAUGAGCAUCAAAAUUAAAGUCCAAAGAGGCAGACGGGGAUUCAACGAGAUUCAUCGGUGUCCAUCGAGAUUCGCAGCUAAUCUUAGAAACUAAGAGGACGAAAUGGCAAGAGGCUGUUGUUGCGAUCGUCACGCAAAUGACAUCGACGUUAAACGUGUCGAAGCCAACGAUGAUUGAGAAGGCAACGCGUGCCGGCUGAACGAUAUAUCGGAUAAACAAACUGCCGACAAUUGAGUCGCCUCCAAGCAUCACAUAGUCUGUUCAUCGAAUUCAAUUUGACGAUAUCGCAGAACCGAAACAUGGCUACCUUGGUAAUUGCGGAUUACGCGGUGAUCGCAAUUACGAUGAUCAUUAGUUCAGGAAUUGGUGUGUAUUACUGGCUCACCGGAGGGAAACAGAAAUCGACGGAGGAGUAUUUCAUGGCGGACAGAUCGAUGGGAGUGGCACCAGUCGCAAUAGGUUUAAUGGUUUCGUAUCUAUCUGCGGUUAGUUUGUUGGGAGUAAGCUCAGAAAAUUACGUGUAUGGUACUCAGUACGCUGUGAUCAACAUUUCUUACGGACUUGCUACUCCCUUCAUCGCUUACUUAUACAUGCCGGUGUUUUUCAAACUUGGCAAUGCCAGCGCCUUUGAGUAUUUGUACAAACGUUUUGGUAAGGCGGCGAGGCUGGCAGGAAGCUUCGCUUUUAUGCUUCAGCUGCUUCUGUACAGCGGUGUAGUGCUGUACGCACCCGCACUUGCUCUAGAAGCUACCACAGGUAUCUCGACAACUGCGAGCGUAAUCGGCAUGGGAUUAGUCUGCACGUUUUAUUCGACGAUAGGCGGUAUCAAGGCAGUCCUCGUUACUGACAUAUUUCAAAGUCUCUUGAUGCUGAUAGCCGUUAUCUUGGUGAUCGUCACAGCAGCCGUGAAUGUCGGAGGUCUCGAUCAGAUAUGGGAGAUUGCUCGUCAAGGGUCGCGAAUAGAAUUCGAUAGCAUUUCAAUGGACCCAACGGUGCGACACACCUGGUGGAGCUUGACAUUUGGAGGUUUCUUCACCUACCUUUCCUUGUACGGCACCAACCAAGUUCAAGUUCAGAGAAUGCUAACCAUCAAAAACGUAAAGGACGCGCAAACUGCCAUUUGGUGGAGUUGGCCAUUGUCUUCGCUGAUGUCUUUGGGCCUGUGCUUUGCCGGUUUGGCGAUAUAUACCAAGUAUCGUGAUUGCGACCCCCUUCAGGCCGGAAGAAUCAACUCGUACGAUCAAUUAAUGCCGCUUUACGUGAUGGACAUGCUCUCCGAGUAUCCAGGUGUGCCAGGACUUUUUAUAGCCGGCAUCUUCAGCGCUGGACUCAGCACCAUCUCCGCCACGGUGAAUUCCCUAGCCGCCGUUAUGCUCGAAGAUUUUAUCAAACCCGUAUAUCGUUUUCGGGGCAAGGAGAUUACCGCAACCGGAUCGAUCAUAGUCAGCAAGAUUCUGGCUUUUAUAGUCGGUAUCGCUUGCAUAGGAUUGGCAUUUAUGGGUCGAUUUCUUGGCGGGCUUCUUCAGGCUGCUUUGACGAUUUUCGGCGUGGUCGGUGGUCCCGUGUUCGGCAUGUUCACUUUGGGCAUGUUCACGCGGUUGGGAAAUCAGAAAGGAGCCAUCAUCGGCCUCCUGACUAGCCUCGUUUUCUCUUUAUGGAUCGGUUUCGGUCAGCCAAAGCCACCGAUUCCAAACAAAGUGAACGUCACCGCCUUAAACUGUAGCUACGCCGAUGCAUAUUACGAUCAUGAGAAAUCGUCGAAUUUGCAUUUCGAAUACCAGCAAGAUAACAAUGACUCGUAUUUCUACCUCUACCGUAUUUCCUACAUGUGGUACUGUCCACUAGGAAGUUUGAUCAGUUUCGUAGUAGGAUGGAUUUCCAGCUGGAUUUUGAAUUUAAUCCCACGUAAAGAGUCCAAGAAUACACAGCCAGAACUUUUCACACCGACCUAGUUAUCACGACUAUGUAGAGAAGAAUCGAGAAAUUCGAACGAAUUUUAUAGCACAGUAGCACCGCGUACGUACGCUGAUUCGCGUAACAAGUGACGCAACAGCAUCUAAGAACGAACUUGUUUACAUACAUACAUUCAUACAUACACACACACAUAAUUUUACGAUAACGAAUAACCACCAUCGUCUUCUAAAUAUCCUACGAUUUCCACUACCGCUCGAGUUACCAUUAAUCGGUCGCAUUAUACGAUUUUUAAACGGACGAUCGCUCCUUACAAGAUACUGCCUCGUCAUCCUAUAAUUUCCAACAUCGUCAUGAACAACGUGUGUCUCUGGUAUUUCUGCGACUAAAAAUUACACGUCUCCUCGUACAAGAAAACAGAGCUAACUUAUCGAUCGUUUAUUUGCAACGCGCUAUGGCUCGCAGAAGCCUCGCGAUUGGCCUUCACCUAAAAACAACCGAAACAAAGGCCAAAUCCAAAGAUACCAAGUGCAACAAGGUAUCCGUAACGUCUGUUUUAUCUCAACAAAAAUCUGAUCGAUCAAAGGAAAGAUCGGUUGAAUCGCGGUAGUGGAUAACUGAAAGCCUAUCGUAUCUUGAAAAAAAAAUAAAAAAAAAUUAUAGAACAUGUUAGGUAGAAUAUCUUAACUAACGAAAAGCUAGGUGCCAUUCGAAAAAGUAUCUAGGAGAUCUGUCAGGGAAAUAGAUCGGACGAGUACUCGGUUUCCUUUCGGAAUUCCGAUUAUCGUCACGAGGCGUCAACCUCUUCUCCUUCUCUGCAAUGAGGAGUAGACGUAAACACUACUCGAACCACGGGUGUGCUGAACGUUUACCGAAACGUUCGCAAAUCACGAUGGAAUGCCGUCAGACUAGUGUUCCCGUGCGCGGCACACGGUGACAUACAGAACGAAGCAACGACCCGUGCACUGUGCAGCGCUUACGUAAGGAAAUAACGCCGUAUCGAGAGAGACAGAGGGGAAUGGAGGGAAGGGGAGCAAAAGAGAGAAAGAGAGAAGAGAGACCGAAUGGACCACCUCGUGCUUCGUUUCGUCUAUAUACUAAAGUCGCGUAUUCAACGUGGUCACGUAGUACGCUUGCAAAUGUUUGUGAGCUUUUUGAAAUGUUAAUGGGCGAGCGUGCGUGACAAACGUUUGUCAACCACUUCUACUAAACAAACGUUAGCAAACAAGGGCUUGUUUACGAGCACCUGUCGCUUACGCAUCCGUACCGCCAGUUUUUAACUUCAACCGUACGGAGGUCGCGGUUAUCAAUGUGCUCUGAAACAUAGGAUGCACAGAAUCGAGAAAUCAGAGUGGUGUAAAUCAGCUCAUUGCCGAUUUUCGUAAAAUAGCUUUUGGUGCUUGUUGUCAUAAAAAAUUGAUUAUACUUCAUGUAGUCGAGUAUGAAAACGUAUCGUGGCAGAUAAUAAAGCUAUAACUUAAAAUACAUUUACUGUGUAAACGUGGUCUCUUCGUGUCCAGCCCACUUCAAACGUAACACUACAGUUCAUGUAUUUUAUUUUAUAUUAUUUAUUACACAUAUAACACACACAUAUAUAUAUAUGUUCUACUAUAAUACGAAUAAUUAUAUAUUAAUCAUAAUGUAUUAGGAAAUAAUGUAUUGUACAAUAUGCAGUGUAUAAUGUAUUUAAACACAUUUGAAUAUUAUUGAUGAAAAAUUGUCGCUGAUGAUUUUAAUUCCAAAUUUGAAGGUGUUAAUAUGAAUUUUUGUCAGAUUCUUUUAGAGACUGUUAUUCGUUGACAAACGUAUAAGAUAUUUACGCUUUCGGAUGAUCAUAGACACAGCACGAGUUAAUUAUGAAACCAAAGUAUGAUACUCUGCAAAGUUGAAGCACAUGACUAAAUUCAAAUUGUCAAAAUCUUGGCUCACCGCUAUAAUUUUCAAUUCGCCAUACGCACGUGCAACGAAAAGAUUCGAAUUACAGAGAACAUGAUUCAAUACCUCAAACUUUCGAAAGUCUUGUAAAGUAAACAUUUUUUCGUUUUUAGUCUUUAUCUCGGUAAAGCGUAUAUAAUUUACGAAGUAAAACAGCGUUUUAUCCACACAUUGCAUAAAAAAUCAGUGGAAUCCUAAAAAUAUAUCGUUGUCAGUCUAUAAAAAUCUACGUAAUCUAUAUCCUAACCACUUUUGGUAGUUCUAGCGUUAUUAAACGCACGCAAACAAAGAACUGGAGUGGGAACAUCCAUAAAUAUUAAAACAGACAUAUGCAAACGAUUAAGUCUGUGCGCGGCAUACGUCAUCGAUAAACAACAAUCAAAAGAUUCGUAAAUGUUUGUGAACUGCUUGCGCGAUCGCUGGAUACGUGGAUUAACAAUCUUUUUUCGUUUUCAAUAUACGCGACACUCGACUCGGCUUUCGUUGAAUUUUUGAAAUGGAGCCUUUAUGGCUGCCGCCAUCCGCGUUGUGCAACCAUCACUGUCUCCUUUCGCCCGAGUAAUUGCGUUACGCAAUUCGCGCAUCUCACAAGCUUCGCUUGUUCGCUAAUUUAACGUGGGACAAUUCGUGGAUUAUGUAAGGACAGCGCGAACUGUAAAAACAAUUUUUACGUGGAAAAACUUGAUAGAGAACUAUGGGAAGAUCGUUGAUUAUAAAUUAGAUCAAACAGCGUUCAAAUAAAAUAUAUAAUAUGUUAUCGACAAUGAGAAUGAGGAUGUUUGAAUGAUAUUGAUGGAAUGGAAAAAGAAAAUGUUCAAAAUUAUUCCAUGUGUGAUCUCAAGUACGAAAAAUCCUUAGGUUUCUCAGAUCGAAUAAACUAAAAAAAAAAAAAAAAAAAAAAAACAGUUUAAAGCAAUCAUUCUCAAUUUUAAUUACGAUACAUAUUUAACGUUUAAAUACGCGUUUAGCAUAUUGAUGCCACGAAUACGCAACGAAUAUUAAUCGAACCCAUGGACGAGGUAACCUGUGUUAUUUUAUAAGUCUUCGUCUGUGCACUACGACCAUCGUCAUCCGGUACGCAACAAUAUUCUCCAUGUUCCGCCUAUGAAUGAACGAACGACUGGUAUUUUCUGGUAUAAACUUGGAAAUUUCCACUAAUUGGGCUCGUAGAGAAUCCAGUUAGUUUUUCCUCCUUUUGUUCUCUCUAAUUCGAACGAACCUCGUGUAAUAGACUAGUCCGACAGAGAUUAAGGUAGAAACAACGGGAGUUUGAAGACACUACCAAGAAACGAAAUUACAGGGGUACGCGUAAUGUACCAACACUACCGAUAUUUAUGUCUUAAAUUUACUCUGGAAACGGCUAGACGAAGACAAUGGCUGGAAAACAUGGCGAGUUUCACUAAUUUUUAUAGAUAAGCAAUUUUUAGAUUCGAUACAUUUUCGACUAAUUCUGAAGUUGAGUAUGUGUUUUUGAUCUUUUUGAGUAUUUAAAAAAUAUUAAUAACGCCAAUAUUAGUUAAUGUUACAGUAACACAAUAACUAAGCUAUUAGGUCGUCCGAAAAGUUUCUUUCGUUUUAUAAGGAAAUAAUGUACGAUAUUUUCCGUUUUAUAUUAUUUUAUCGAAUUAGAGAUCACAACGUUCGACAAAUUAGGUUUCAUGUUUGUAUAAAUAUGCGUCGUUGUGAAAGACGUGUCUGAAAAAGGACACUUUUUGGACAACCUAAUGAUAUUACUUGUUUCUCGAAAAAAAAUUGUGUAGAUUUAUCACCUACGUAUAUAAAAAAAGGCUUAUUUCCUUCUUCGAUUACUUCACAUCAAAAUAUAUGUUUCCAGCUUUCAAGUAUUUUUAAAAAAUGCAUUAUACAGGAUGCGAUGACAAAGCAGAUACGUAGAACAGCACGAGUGCCAAAGUAAUUUGAACCUGUUUUUCGCAAUUAAAUUUAUAUUACUAGCGAAAUUCUACAAAUUAUGUAAAAUCGCAAAUUUCUACUAUUAAUAAAUACAUUAGUCCGUAAUCUA